AAAUGUUGUUUUAUAUCCGCGUUGGUUUCUCACUGAGACACGCGUUAAGGUUUUGAUUCGAGCACGACUUGUGGAAAACGCAAAGUAGGUAACUUUUAUCGGUUUUAGCCCGUUAAUGCUAACAAAACAACAACAACAAACAAACAGGGUCAUGCAUUAAGUUCUGCAGGUGGCGACAAGCGCACAUGUAUUAAACUCGCUUUUUCAGUUCAUCUACCCUGGAAAAACAAGAACAUUUCUAGCAGCAGGAUGUCUGCGGUACCGAAAGUGACUCUGUCCGGAGGUCUGGAGGUCUGCCGGGUCCUGAACGGGAUGUGGCAGGUGUCCGGAGCGCACGGAGCGGUGGACAGGACCAGGGCAGUCGAGGCCAUGCAGGAAUACGUAGACGCUGGUCUGACCACAUUCGACAUGGCCGACAUUUAUGGACCUGCAGAGGAAAUAUUCGGACAGUUCAACAGCAAGCUGAAAUCUGGUGGGAAUGCCGUUCCAGCUCUGCAGAGUCUCACCAAAUACGUGCCAAGACCAGGACCGAUGGAGCGCAAAGUGGUGGAGAAGGCGUUGCAGCGCUCCAUGAGCCGGAUGCAGGUGGACACGCUGGACUGCGUUCAGUUUCACUGGUGGGACUAUAAAGACAAGAGAUACCUGGAGGCACUGGGACAUUUAUCUGACCUGCAGCAGGAGGGAGUCAUACGUGAGCUUGCCCUCACUAACUUUGACACACAGAGGAUGGAGGAGAUCACCAACAAAGGCAUCCGCAUCUCCAGCAACCAGGUUCAGUACUCUCUGAUCGACCAGCGACCUGCAGCGAGGAUGCAGCAGUUCUGUCUGGACAACAACAUCCAGCUCCUCACCUACGGCACGCUGGCUGGAGGUCUUCUCUCCGAACGCUAUCUCGGGAAGGCGGAGCCUAACUCCAGGGCGGAGCUCUACACGGCGUCCCUCUCCAAGUACAAGAACGUCAUUGACGCUUGGGGCGGCUGGAGUCUUUUCCAGGACCUCCUCGUCACCUUGGAGACCAUUGCCAAGAGACACGACUGCUCAGUGGCCAGCGUGGCAACACGCUACGUGCUGGACCGCCCUGCGGUGGGCGGCGUCAUCGUGGGCUGUCGGCUGGGCGUCGCAGGGGCGGGGCAGCACAUCAGCGACAGUCUGCGGAGCUGCAGCGCCGACCUGAAGCUGACGGAGGAAGAUCUCGCCGCCAUCGAAGCAGUGACACGACGCUCCAGGGACCUGAUGGAGCUCAUCGGGGACUGUGGGGACGAGUACCGGAGCUAAAGGGGGGAGGGUGGGACUGACUGAGUGGAUGUGACAGACGGGGGAGGAGGGGGAGGAGUAAAUAAAACACAGAAAACAUCUCCGCAGUUCAGCCACAUGCUGGAAAAGAAUAAAUUGCAGCUUCCGAUGAUGAUUUUUCUCAGGUUUUGGCCACUUCUGUGAAUUUUAGUCUUCAGAAAUUCAGAAAUUUUCCCUCUUCACAAAAGUGUCCUUAUUUGGAAUCAUUUUACAUUUCCAGAGUUUGAGGGCUUUAUUUUGCUUCCACCACUAAUGAGCUUUAAGAUGUUUUUCAUUGAGACUUGAAUACAGCUGCACAGAGAUUCACACAAACAGUGUUUACACUCCAGCACGUCCUUAAGUCAGAAAAUUCAGAGAAAGUUCAGUGUGUCUGUUGUUUAAGCUGUAGAAUGAAUGUAUAUUGUUGAUAAAAUGCUAAAUAAUCUGACUAAUAAUUUAAUGUUAAAAUUGAAUUAUUCUUUUUUACAAUCAACUUAAGACAAAAGAAGAUCAUCAGAAGGAAUGUGUCAAUGUGAAUAUAAAAGCUUUUGUUCAUUAGUUUUGUUUUCGUCCUGUUUUAGUUAUUGAAAAUUACACUAUAGUUUCUCUUUUAAUUCACCAUAAUAAUAAUACAAUCAUUCAUAAACACUCCCCAGACUAAAUAGGACAUCGAUCCUGGACCCCAGUUCAAUCCCACUCACCAAACAUUAGUAUCUUUAAGACAUAUCUCCAAGUAGGUUUUUGUUGUAAUUUCCACGUACUGAUCCUUUAAACCCACACAGUGUACUCUACAUUGAUAUUCCUUUGUGUCUGAGAAACAGGCCAUGAGGUGAAGUGUUGCGGCGCAGGGCGGGGGCUCACUGGAGUGGAAGGAAGUGGGGAACCCUGUAGCACUGUCUGGCCCUACAGACGACAAGAAAGUGACACAACAUAGACAAAGACACACCGACACAGUCGCACAAACAGAGAUACUGAGCUCUCGCUAGUGUGUAAAGUUAAUUUUUAAGAUCCGAAAGUGAAUAAAUGAUAAGAAAUUGU